AUGGCGGAAAAACGGCGUGCUGACUUCCUAGAUAUAGGAUCCGAUGAUGAAGGGAGUGAGGCUGGCUACAACUCUGAAGACUUCGAGGAAUCGAAGGGAAGGGGGUUCAACAAGAGAAGUCAGAACAAGAGCACGGAUCUACGGUCAAAACGACGAAGGCUUUCAGACGAUGAAUCUGACGGCAGUGAUAAUGAACGUGGAUCGGAUAUAUUGGAUACAGCAUCUGCCAUUGACGAUGUAGCUCAAGCCAGAAGAGAUGGGGAUACCUCGACUCGCGCAUCCGCCGACCCAGCGCCUACAGACGAAUCCACCGCCUCAAAACCGAUAUCGUCACGUAAAGCAACGAAGAAAACCCGCAAAAAUAAAACAGGAGUCAUUUAUAUGUCCUCCUUGCCGCCAUACUUAAAGCCGUCCGCCCUAAAAUCUAUGCUGGUAGCACGAGGUUUUGGCCCUAUUACGAAAGUCUUUUUAUCGCCUUACGUUCCUCCGACCAGCACUUCCAGGGCCGCUAUAAAAGCGAGUCGCAAUAAGCGGAGGAUGUACACUGACGGAUGGGUUGAAUUUGAAUCGAAAAGAACUGCAAAAAUAUGCGCAGAGGCUCUCAACGCAUCCAUUGUUGGUGGUAAAAAGGGCGGAUGGUACCACGAUGACGUAUGGAAUAUGAAGUAUCUACGAGGUUUUAAAUGGACAGAUCUCAUGGAACAAGUACAGAGGGAGAAGAGAGAGGCAGAGGCCAGAAGACGUAUUGAGGAUACCAAGGCCAGGAAGGAAGAGAAAUCGUUCUUGCAGGGACUUGAACAAGGGAAGAUAGUGGAGGGUAUAAAGAAAAAGAGAGAAGCCAAGGAGCAGCUCAAGGCCGACAGUGGUAACAAUGAAGAGCCGGCGCAAAAGAAGAUGGAGAUCAGGAGAGUGUUCAGGCAAAAUGAGGUCAGGGGGAGCAGCGGUGGCUCUGCUGGUGACCCUGGCAGUUCAAAGAAGGUUGACUCUGAUACGCAAAGAGUCUUAUCGAAAAUUUUCUAA